GUCCUUCAAAUCUGUUCCUCUCGCGUGACCAGGAACGGUGGAUGUAUCGACAAUACGAAUGUAUCAUAGCUGCUGGAGAGACUGUAUACUCGAAGAGUGAGUAUCCUAUGCAUUUUUGCUAUUCCCAUGAGGAUAAGGAUAGUCCAGUAGAAGCAUAUGGCGUAUGCAUACCGUCUCCUUGUGCGGAGAACCAUGUCGAGCUGCUGAAAGAAUGGAGAACGAUGACAAGAUCGGAAGAAGCCAAGCUUCCCAUGGAAUCCACAGCUUGUACAGGAUCACGGCAUGAGAAGCAAUGGUUUGAGCAAUUUGUGCCGAUCGCCGAUUUUGCCUUUAACAUCUUACUUGCUGUGCUUGUCGGAACAACCACCAUCUAUCACAGCACUAGAGGAGAAACCGUCGAGUCAACGUCAACCAGGAUUUUGCUUGCAUUUUCGGCGGCGAAAAAUCUGCGAAGAUUGGUACAGUUACCCAAAGACCCGCAGUCAUGCAUCACUUGCAUGUUUGGCAUGCGAUUUCUUUCGUUGGUCUGGACUCUGAUGGGUCAUUCGUUGAUUCUCGUUCAGCCCUAUCUCGAAAACGUUGAUGAUUACAAAGAAGCUAUUGCCGGUAAUUUCUGGAAUCAAUGGAUCACCAAUUUCACACUUAGUACGGAUACCUUCCUUGUGCUGGGUGGUACUGUACUAUCUUACACAUGGUUCAGAAAAUGGCUGAAGAACACUACAGAGGAAGAACCCACCUGGACUUCCUAUGGCUACUGGAUGCGCUUUUACAGACAUCGUGUUGUCCGACUAUGGCCUGCUUAUCUAUACACGCUUAUGGUAGUUACGUUACGGUUAUCUGUCACCCAUUUCCAUCCUAUGUGGCCACCAACAGAUCCGGCUAUUCAGUGCCCUAAGCACUGGUUCGAGAAUGUGCUGUUCAUCAACAGCCUUCUCGAUAGUAGAUGUAUGCCAUGGACUUGGUAUAUUGGUACAGAGUUUCUUUACUAUUUGGUCGCACCAGUCUUUUUGUUGUCUUUGAGACAAGCGCCAAAACUUGGAAUGGGAUUAUGUUUUUUCACUACUCUUUUCUCCGCAGGGCUGAAUAUUGUUAAGCAAAUAGAAAGCAAUUUUCCACCAACGCAGUUCACCGUGAGACAGCCAGAAAUUUUCAAUCCAAACUUCAACCAGCAUUUUAUCGAACUGUACAUAAAACCCCAGUACCGAAUAGGGCCGUAUAUCAUCGGAAUCAUCCUGGGUUAUUAUCUUGCUAAUUAUCAACGAAUAGCAGUUAAGCCAGCGCGAAGCGCUAAAUUCCAAGUUAUUGGAUGGUCGAUUGGAUUCCUGUGCGGAUUCUGGGGCCUUUUCGGCCUUUAUCCUUCUCUGCAGGGCUGGAACUGGCCGAUUUAUCAUCUUGUAUAUGGAUCUAUCCAUAGGGACAUGUUUGCUAUCGGUAUCGCCUGGCUGAUCUAUGCUUGCCAUACUGGUAUUGGUGGAAUAAUCAACAGUAUCCUUAGCGCAAAAGUUUUGGUUCCUCUUUCCAAUCUCUGCUAUUCGGCGUACCUGUUCCACUUGAUCCCUGUCGUUUACACCUACAUACUCGUCCCAUUCCCGAUAUGGUACGAAUCCAAGCUGCCGCUUUUCGCGCACUGCGUGGUGCAGUUGGCGAUCUCGUACGUCUUCGCCAUGAUCUGCACCCUGUUGGUCGAGUAUCCAGCUCACAACAUCGAGGGCAUUCUGCUGCAGCCUCGGCAGAAGAAGAAGACCACGCUCAAGCCGGUGCCGACGCCGAACUCGGAGCUUCAAUUGAAAAGGGUGCCAAAUUUGCGAUUUCGCUCUCGAUAAGCGGUUACUGUCCACAAAAAAAAACUGUUACGUUGAAUGGUGGCUGCCAUAGCAUCAUAUCUUAUUCAAUGUAUCAAUAAGAGUUUAUCUUAUGCGAAAGCAUUGUCUACUCUGUGGUUGGAAUAUGACAUUAA